UGUGAGAGAAUGAUAAAAUGGUGCAUUCGUCGAUCAAACCGGGCCACACAUCCGAAGCCAGAAAUUAAAUUAACAUCCACCAUUUUGUUUAUUUUCGCGAAAAUAACUCUUUUCCCGGAUACGUUGUAGAAUAUUCCUGUUUUACCGCUAUAUGAUAGAGUGAUCUACUUAUUCUGGCAAUGAUUAUAAGAUUAGGAAUGUGCUAUUAGCGUUCCUAUCUAUUAUCGGGCCCUUGUGUUGAAAUUUGCAGACAUCGGCCGCGCCGCUAGUAAACACUCUUUGAAAAUUACCAGCGUAACGUCGAAGAAAAAUAAAACCCCGAACACGCAGGGCACCCGAGUCGAUGAGAAAAGUUCGUUGAAAUUUGUUCAACGGAUAUUCAGCAAGUGCAAAGGGAGCAAUCCCCUGGCGUUAAAGGAAAUAUCAAAGAGUUGUGGGCGAGAGUCCCCCGUGGCGCGCCCGGCUAACAUGAACCACACGCCUGCACCGGACAGGCAGCAGCACGACUCUAAUGUGAACCAGGUGGAGGAGAUGGAGACUCAGGAUGUGGAGACUGUAGACACUGUUACUGACAAGACCUGGGAGGACGAUCUUAUGAAAGGUCCCAACGGAGAGGUUGUCAUGGGUGAGGUUAUGAAGAACCAGGAAACCACAUCGUCUGAUAUGCCCCUCGCUUGUUUAGAUACGGAAAUGGAGGACGACGAGGCGCGAUCAGAAGCCACAUUUCGUUUCACGGUACAGAACUUCAGGAAUCUGAAAGAUUCUGUUUUAUCGCCGCCGUGCUACGUCCGAAACCUCCCAUGGAAGAUCAUGGUGAUGCCGCGGCAAGCUCCGUCCCCCGACCGCCAGCAACAGAAGUCGCUAGGCUUCUUCCUUCAGUGCAACGGCGAAAGUGAAUCCUCGAGUUGGUCGUGCUACGCCAUGGCAGAACUGAGACUUAUUUCCCAUAAGCCCGAAACUGAACCUUUCUUCAGGAAGAUUCAGCAUUUGUUCUACAGUAAAGAGAACGACUGGGGUUUCUCUCACUUCAUGGCAUGGAACGAUGUAUUAGAUCCGGAAAAGGGUUACAUAAAGGACGACGCAAUCACAUUGGAGGUGCACGUGACCGCUGAAGCGCCACACGGCGUGUCCUGGGACUCGAAGAAACACACCGGCUAUGUUGGUUUAAAGAAUCAAGGUGCGACUUGUUAUAUGAACUCAUUGUUACAAACACUGUAUUUCACGAAUCAACUACGUAAGGCUGUGUAUAAGAUGCCGACGGAAUCUGACGAUAGUACCAGAUCUGUUGCAUUGGCCUUACAAAGAGUGUUUUACGAAUUGCAAUUCUCUGAUAAACCGGUUGGCACAAAGAAACUUACAAAGAGUUUUGGAUGGGAGACACUUGAUUCUUUUAUGCAGCAUGAUGUGCAGGAGUUUCUUAGGGUACUUCUAGAUAAAUUGGAGAGUAAAAUGAAGGGCACAUGUGUAGAAGGCACAGUGCCGCGUUUAUUUGAGGGUAAAAUGACGUCGUAUAUCAAGUGCAAAAAUGUGAAUGUGUCCAGUACUCGCGUCGAGACUUUCUACGAUAUUCAACUCAAUAUCAAGGGAAAGAAAAAUAUCGACGAGUCAUUCAAAGACUACAUAAGCACAGAGACAUUAGACGGUGAGAACAAGUACGACGCGGGCGAGCACGGGCUGCAGGAGGCGGAGAAAGGCGUGAUCUUCGCGUCGUUCCCGCCUGUACUGCAUCUGCAUCUCAUGCGGUUCCAGUACGACCCCAUCACCGACAGCUCCGUCAAGUUUAAUGAUAGGUUUGAAUUCUACGAGCACAUCAACUUGGACGCGUACCUACAGGAGAAGCCCGAGACGCCCGCCGACUACACGCUGCACGCGGUGUUAGUGCACUCGGGGGACAACCACGGGGGACACUACGUGGUCUUCAUCAACCCUAAGGGCGACGGGAAGUGGUGCAAGUUCGACGACGACGUCGUGUCCCGCUGUACGAAGCAGGAAGCCAUCGAGUACAACUACGGCGGCCACGACGAGGACAUGGCGUUGACCGUGCGCCAUUGCACCAACGCUUACAUGUUGGUUUAUAUAAGGGAUUCACAGUUGAAGACUGUCUUGCAAGAGGUAACACAAGCAGAUAUACCUACUGAAUUAAGUGAAAGACUUGCUGAAGAGAAGAGGAUUGAAACUAUCCGUCGCAAGGAGCGCAACGAGGCGCACCUGUACAUGAACGUGAACGUGGUGCUGGAGGAGGCGUUCGACGGGCACCAGGGGAACGACCUGUACGACCCCGAGCGCGCGCACUACCGCGUGUUCCGCGUGCGCAAGCAGGCCAGCGUGGCCGAGCUGCUCGACACGCUCGCCGACAACUUCAAGUACCCGCUCAAGCAGCUGCGGCCCUGGCCCUUCAGCGCGCGCUCCAACCAGACCUGCAGACCCACUUGCUUAGACAUCGUCAACGACCAACACAAGACAGUAGCAGACGUCUCCGAGAACAUGAACCCCUGGAACAUAUUCCUAGAGAUGUUGCCCCCGGACUCCGGCUUCAGCGCGCUGCCGACCUUCGACAAGGAAAACGAUGUCGUUUUGUUCUUCAAGUUCUACGACCCCAAACAGAAGCGCAUUCACUACUGUGGACAUCACUACCUGCCGAUCGCCAGCAAGCCCGCUGACCUCAUACCUAUACUUAACAAGCGUGCAGGAUUCCCCCCAGACACACAACUAGUUUUAUAUGAAGAGAUCAAACCGGACUUCGUCGAGAAAAUCAACAACUACAGUGAUCCCCUUGAAAAGGUAUUGGACGAGCUGAUGGACGGCGACAUCAUCGUGUUCGAGCGCGCCGACCACAGGCACGAGGACCUCGAGCUGCCCACCUGCCAGGACUACUUCAAGUACAUCUUCUACAAGGUGGAAGUGCAGUUCGUCGAUAAGACUGUGCCGAAUGAUCCUGGGUUCACAAUGGAGCUGUCGAUGCAGAUGCGCUACGACCAGAUGGCGAGAGCGGUCGGCCAGCGGCUCAACGUGGACCCUUAUUUAAUACAGUUCUUCAAGUGUCAAAACUACAAGGAUACACCAGGACUUCCACUGAGAUACUCAUAUGACGGAAUACUUAAGGAUUUGCUAGUGUACUGUAAACCAAAGUGCCCUAAGAAAUUGUUCUACCAGAUAUUAUCUAUUAAAGUUAAUGAAUUGGAUAACAAGAAACAGUUUAAAUGUUUAUGGGUUGGUCCAAAUUAUAAAGAAGAUAAAGAAUUAAUUUUAUAUCCAAACAAAGGCGGUAAGGUGUCGGACAUCUUACAAGAGGCAGCUAAAGUCGUUGAAAUGUCGCCCGAUGGUUCUGGAACGCUAAGGAUCGUGGAAGUGUCGUGUCACAAAGUAUUACCGGGUCCCGACCCCGAGCUCACGCUGGACCAGGUCACCAUAUCGCCGCCCAGACUAUACAGAAUAGAGGAGAUACCUAGAGAUGAAAUCAACAUGCAGGAGGACGAGAUAAUAGUGCCGUGCGCGCACUUCUACAAGCAAGUUUACGCGACGUUCGGUAUCCCGUUCUACACGCGCGUCAAACACAACGAGCCCUUCCAGGCGGUCAAGGAUAGGCUCCAGAAGAAACUCGACAUACCUGAUAAGGAGUGGGAAAAGUACAAUUUCGCUAUAGUGACAAAUGGCAGACCUAAUUACAUAAGUGAAGGAGCGACAAUAAACAUAUACGACUUCAGGCCAAGUAGUAAUGCGAAUCUGUCACUUCCAGACGCGACGGCCCGGCCAUGGCUCGGGCUGGAGCACAUCAACAAGACUCCGAAGCGGUCCCGCGUCAACUACCUAGAGAAGGCGAUCAAGAUAUACAACUGAGCCAUAUCCCUUGCGCCGGCCUGGCCGCCGGCCCGGCUGCGGUCCCGGCUGCGGUCCCGGCUGCGGUCCCGGCUGCGGUCCCGGCUGCGGUCCCGGCUGCCGGCCUGGCCCCGCGCGCCGCGCCGAUAGUAACACGACACCUCACAUGCAUCCCACUCACAUAUACUUAGCCAUUUCUUACGCUGGACCACUCUAUAAUGUAUUUGUUGCUUUUUCGAUUACAGUUAUAUUUAAACGUGUGUAGCACUUAAUAUGCCGUAUUACUAUCGCCUGGAUACACGCAACAGAUUAUAAGCCUUAUUUACAUUGAUAUGUGCAUCGCUGACACCAAUAUUUGAAUUACUUUACCGCGUUAUUCUAAUUAGGUAAAUGAUCUUAUACCGACGUGUUAUAGACACUGGCGACAGAGUAGUCCUGCUAGAAACCACUUUUAAUAUAAUUUGUGAAAGUAGCUUUGAAUGGGCGAACACUUGAUAAGGUAGUCAUGGAAGCAGACGAGUCUCGCUGGUAAAGUGACAUCGAGUAUUAUUUUUUCAUGUAAUCUUUUGCUUUUUCUUAAUCGGUGGCUUUAGUAAGUUAUACGUUUUGUUAUGGUUGAAACUCACGUUCUUUCACAUAGUUUCGUUGUUAAUAUUAAAAAGGGAAAUGUUAUUAUUUAACAAGUUUUAGAUUUAAACCGGCCGUGUCCUAUAUAGCUGAGGUCACGUAGGCUAGCCCCGAACUCGUGCGCGGAAGUUAGGUCUAAAGCUAAGCGUGGCAGGCAACGUUCACGGCGUGGUGUUCCACCGACAGCGAUUCGCAUCAAGGCUCUGUGUGAAACACUCCUUAGUAUAUCCAGUGAGUAAACCGCGUGGCCUCCGGGAAAUCUUAAUAUGUCCGCUAGUGUUUUAUUUAUGUAAAUGUACUGAUUGCUGUUUGGUCGACCGGGGCGGAGACUUUCUGCUAGUGUUGCCUGCAAGGCUGUGCCAACUGUCGACGUCUCGCGUCCACCGAACAGCGAGUCGUUCUUUGGGGUGAUUCGGCAAUGUAAAGCAUUUUCACAGAGUAUACAAGACAACUUAAUUUAGACAAGAAUUUAAAUAAUAAAAUGUGCCUGUGUGUCGAUGCUUGUUUGAAUAACUAUAUUAACAAACUAGUGUAAAAUAAAGUAUUGUAUUUAUCAAUAAAAUUUAAAUCGGCUUGCUGAUCGUUUGUUAUGAUAGCAGAAGUUGCUUGUAAUGUUAAAAACUAUUUUAUUAUAAAUGUUGAACAUCUAUCAGUAAACGAGUUUAAAUGAGAAUGCAUCAUAUAGUAUAAUAGUUAAAGGAAUAAAAUUAAAAUACAGCCAAUUAUAAUAACUUUAGUAACAAGGACGACUUUAUAACGUGUUACUUACAAUAUACGCUUAUUCUAUCCACAUCCACAUAAUUUUGUAACGUUUUCCAUGAAUUAGCUUGACACAUUACUCUUUACUAAAUAGAAUGUUCAAAAUCUUCAGUGUUACACAAUACAAAAAUUAUAAAUUAUGUUCCCAUAACGGUCAGGUUAAUUGAGAUAUUUUAUUGGAGUAAAGAGAAUUCUUUUAUCUACACUGACGGUAUUGUGAUAAUAAUUAUUAGUGAAGCCUGUAUAUAGCUACUGCACAUAACCUUAAGAGACGACAAUCAUGUGUAGGUUUGUGCUUUUCUAUAAAAUAAUGUUAAAAGACACUCCCGCUAAAGUUUCAUGUGUAAUCUGUUUUUAUAGAAAUUAUUGGAGUAUAUAUUAUAUACUGAAGUCUAAAAUGUUUUAUUGAUUGUCGAAUUGCCAACACCCGGGUGUAUGUUUGAGGCGAGGAUGGUAUCAAUUAGUAUAAAUAGCAGAGCGAGCCUGCGUAGCGUUAGCUGCCUCAAGUGUACACUAGGUUUUAAUUGCACAUAAUAGUUAUAACGUUAACACUGUAUUGUUAAUUCUGGCUAAAAGCGUCCGAGCGAUCUAUAGCGAAGCGGUCUACAUGUUACUAUUUGCUAUGAUUGGUUGAAUCAGAAUCUUUCCUUUGAGAAAAUACAUUGUAAAUUGAUGUUUUACGGGAAAGGAAUCUUCAGUUGUUCCGGAGAAAUAUUUUUCUAGCAUACCACAUAGAAUAAGAUACCCCCCUUAGGCCCCCAACACUAAUAGAUAAAUUCCCAACAUGAUUAUAUUAUACCAUUUAUUUACCAAGGGAAUGGAAAUUCCUUUUCCGCAAAGCGUAAUUUUAUAUGAUGUUUCUAUUUAAUUUUUUACUUGACCUGCCAGAGAUAUGUUACGUUUUAAAUAAAUGAUUAUGUCGAAAUUAUGUAUAUAUAUGAUGUAAUAAAUUAAGAAAAAAAUACACUAAGUUUUCGUAAAGAUGCCUUAGACGUUUUAAGACAUUUUUAGUGAUUUGAAAUGGUUAUGCUUAAUUUAAUUUAAACCCUUUUUAGUUAUAUUUUCGUGUCUGGUGAUGAUAGUUUCGCAUCUCCAGAAGAUUAUGUCACAUAAUUUGUCUGCAGGAGUGCAAGCGAAUGUCCCCACGUGUAGAUUGUUUUUUUUUUAAUAAUGUUUCUAUUCAACUCAGUUAAUUUUUAUGUUAACAAUGUGUGUUGGUUGCGCUAUUUUCAUUAACAUGGUUUGAGGUAUUUAGAAAAGAAGUUAGAAUCAUAGCGGCUUAGUAGCAGAUACGUGCCGAAGUUAAUAAAUGUGGCAAAUGGGAUUAUGAGCCUUUAAGUAUGGUUUGCCUGUUGAGCUAUCUCAUUAGGUCCGAAUCCGUUACAUAGGCGAGAGAAUGUGUACAGCUUGUGCAAACAUUGAAAAUAUUUCAAUGUUUGUUAUGUUGGACUUGAAUGUUUCACUGAAUAUAAUCCUAUAUUUGUUUUA